AUGGCAUUUUUUUUAGAACUCGAUCAAGCCUUUGAUGCUUUGGAUACCAACAAAAAUGGCCGACUUAGCCGUCGUGAAUUGGCACAAGUAUUUCGAGCAAUUAAUGUUGAACCAACACGAGUUGAGAUGGACUACAUUUUUAAAGAGAUGGACACUGAUGGUAGCGGACAUAUAAGCAAAAAGGAAUUUAUUCAGUACAUGAGUCAACCACCAAAAUAUCGUACCACAAUUGGCAGCCUUACCGAAGAAUUCAAAGUUUUCGACACAGACGGCGACGGAGCAAUCACAUUAGAUGAACUUGAAAAACUGUUGACCAAAGCAGCUGGUUUUACGGACCGAAACGAAAUUCGUAAGAUGUUCGAAAUGACUGAUAAGAACGGCGAUGGUCGAAUAACAUUCAAAGAGUUCGCUGACAUGAUGCAUGAAUAA